UAAUAUAUCAAGAUCAGCGUGACAUUUGAAUGCUAAAAGUAUUCAUAGUUUUUAAAUGGCAUGUUUCCAGUGGCUUAACCGCUAACACCGUGUUGAGCCAGGAGGCUAACGCUAUUUAAACGGCAGCCGGACACAGGCCGCAAAUGGAGCCAGGGACGUCGCGUGAAAUCCCGAACGGCUCGGGGUUCCCUGAACCGACCGGUCCUCGGGAGGAGACCCCGGGGGAAGAGGCGAGAGGCGGCAUGUUGAGGCGGAGCGGAGCGGAGGCAGAGCCUGCGGAGGAGAUGGAAGCGGACUGUGAGAACGAACCGGAGCACCAGAGAAACACCGGAGGGGAGGAAGAAGCCGGCAAACAUGAGGAGGAAUUGGACCCGAGAAUUCAGGAUGAGCUGGAGCAACUUAACCAAGCCAGUGAUGAGAUCAACAAGCUGGAGCUGCAGCUGGAUGAGGCCAGGUCCAGCUACAGGAGGAUCCUCACUGAUUCUGCCAGGAGGCUCAAUGCUCAGGGCUCCCAGCUCGGUGCCUGCAUCGAGAAAGCACGGCCCUACUAUGAAGCCCGCAGACUGGCCAAAGAGGCUCAGCAGGAGACGCAGAAAGCCGCUCUGAGGUAUGAGCGGGCCGUGUCCAUGCACACUGCAGCCAGAGAGAUGGUGUAUGUGGCGGAGCAGGGUCUGCAGGCGGACAGGAACACGCUGGACCCCACCUGGCAGGAGAUGCUGAACCACGCCACCGCUAAGGUGAACGAGGCGGAGGAGGAGCGGCUCCGCAGCGAGCGGGAGCACCAGCGCGUCACGCAGCUCUGCCAGGACGCCGAGGCCCGGGUCCAGACACUGCAGAAAGCCCUGAAGAAGGUCAUCGUCAAAUCCAAGCCUUACUUUGAACUCAAGGCUCAGUUCAACCACAUUCUGGAGGAACACAAGGCCAGAGUAGUAGAGCUGGAGCAGCGCGUGGCGAAAGUGAAGUCCCGUUACUCUGUGGCCCUGCGGAACCUGGAGCAGAUCAGCGAGCAGAUCCACGCUCAGAGGGGCCGGCCGGCGGGGUGCGGGGGCCGCAGCUCUCCUGUGGGGGCCGAGGCCGAGGUCAGGGCCGUGGGGGGAAUGGAGAGCACCUGGGCAGACGGAGAGAAAACCCGUCUGUGGGUGGAGAGGCACCGAGAGAGUGGCUGGGGCCAGAGGGAGCGGCAGGGGGGGGGGCGCCCACCCUCAGAAUGCAUGUCCGUCAUCAGCCUGCAGACCAUCGCCUCGGACCUGGAGAAGUGUGACUCUGUGGAGCACCUGGGGGACAUGAGCGACGCCGGGAGCGUGCCGGGGGGGGAGUGGGAGCGAGACAGGAAGCGGAAUGAGGAGCCGGUCAGCGGGGGGGCAGAGACAGGAGGGGCAGAGACAGGGGGGCCACAGCAGGAGAAGGAGGCCGUGGGCAAAGUGAAGCAGGACAGCCUCAUCAAGCAGCACAGCAGGAGCAUCAGUGUAUGAUGAGAGGAGGGGGCAUCAUGACGAGCUCAUAGUGAGGAUCAGAGAGGACAUUAGAGGGGGUAGACAGCACCCAUACAUCUCUACCCCCCCCCACCCCCCCACCCUCACACUGAUCCAGUCUGUUGCUCCUCAUACAGAAAUGUGAACAAAAGUGCAUGAAACAAACAGCAGGCUGAGGACAACUACUAAUCGUUGUAGAAACACUGAGAACACAUGCUUAAUACAUGCGUUUGGUCCCUACAGUGCAUUUCAAAAAGGCUGCUCUAUGUUUCAGCUGGUUUUUACUUUAGGGAUGGAUAAAUGUGCCUCUUGUUUGAACGGUAAAUCCAGUGUGUCAUAACUAGAUGUUUUGUUGUAGCUUUGGUCAUCAUUUCUAUCAGUUUAAAUAGGCUUUGUUUCCUUUGUCUGCUCGUGUUUCUUAAUCUGUCUCGGCAAUCAAAUUCAGGAGUAAUGUUGAUCAAAACGAUAUCAAAAACAGAAGGAAUACAAUAAGUUACUAUAAAGCACCAUCUGGAUAACCCUACAAAUGGAAUACAAACAUAAAGCCUUAUCUUCUAUUAAUAGAUAAGUAUUUGUAUUUAAAAUAAUAUGGCCAAAUACGACAUUUGCAUUGCCUUAUUGAGCAGCCUCAGCUGUAUAUAUUGACUAGAUAUUUACUGAUGAGGUCAUAAACACGUGCAGUAUGUUGGGAGUAUUGUCGGGCUUCACAGAUAUUAAUAAGUGAUUAUUUUUAACAGAUUAAUAAUACUGACUGGUUUUAAUUUGGCCUUAAAAUAUAGUUUUUUUGUUGGUCAUAUUGAUCUGGUUUGGUCCGAGCAAACUGCUUAAAUAUUUUCCUUUACGAUGUAACUGACACACUUUCCAUUUGUGAAGCUUGUUGCAAGAUAUUUGCAUGAAACAUCUAUAAAUCAAUGUACUGUUACACUAGGACCUGUAGUUUCAGCUGCAUUGGAAGUGUGUGUCAAUCUGUUAAUACAAAACUAUGUAGAUAAUGAACACACAACCAUUCUUAGUGACAGGGGAUUAUACACUAAUGGAAACAUAGUUAGAAUUAUAAAAUACUGUUUCUGUCAUCUUCAAUUCUUCACUCUGGAACUUUGAAAUAGCUAUUUCCUUUUUGAGAUUCCAAUUCUAUCACUUCAUUAUAAGAGUGAUACAACUUUCUAACAUCAAUUUCUUCCAGUUACCAUGGACCUGGAGGCCUUACCUCUCAGAGUAUUCUAUGUAUUCUAGGUAUCUACGAUACUAGGUGUUGCACAGAUAGCCAUAUCCUAGGUUGUGUCUAUGGAAAUAGCAAAUGAUAAGUUGGUGAUUUAUUUUAUUGAAAGUGCCUAUGAGUCCUUAUAUGGUUCAAACAUGCCAAACAUGAUUUAGCUAAUAAUUAAUCCUAGAGUUGGAUGAUGACGAGUUAUUCGUUUAGUGAAACUAGUUAACAGAUGAAUUCAACUGUAGUGGUCUGUAAAUAUUUUAUUAAAAGUUGUAU